AUCACGGAGGAAACGACGGUCUUCAUACUAGUAUCAUCCUUUCUUUACCGCGGACAAGAAGCUCGCCAAAAGUUCUCUGUUGAAUAUCGACUUCCGGCCCGAUCAGGGGUUCAUUACUUUCCGUUUUCCCGAUAUCCGUAAAGCCGGAAAGCCUGAGAAGGGUUGAAGGUUUGAAUAAGGAUAAAAAAAAGUUAGAGUACAAUUAGCAGGAGUAGAAUUUUUCACAAUUUGUGGACGUACAGUGUUUUUAGCCACUGUGAUAUUCGACGUGGUGAACGAACCGAGAAGAAUCUUAGAUCAGAGUUAACGCGGUCUGUGUGACCAUCAACUAAAUGCAACGAUAGAAUGAUGGACGUCGCGGUUGCGGCAGAAGGUUUCACGACAGAUUCGAGUUGUUGAUUUCAAAAAUGGCAUCCGCAGUUUCCCAUCUCCACAUCAUUUUGGUGCUUGGCUUCUUCUUCCAGGUCCACGGAGCUGACAAGCAAAAGCGACAAAUUUUUAGGGAGCAGGUCCUGCCCUCCAAGGGUGGGAAAAUUCCCGAAGAAGCCUUUCGCGCUGAUCGAUUAGCCCUGAAUCGCCUAAACAAAGAAGGAAUCACCAUCCCUGACGGCGUUAUUCUCGAAGCUCGCCACGUUCACAAACACUUUAAUCCCUCGGGAGCAAUGCCGGAAGUCCUGAAGGUCUACCUCACCCCGGAUGGGCGAUACGUGCCUCCGGAGGGUCGCAAUCACUACGAGCAUCCGAAGACAGUCGACACGACGUACUUGGUUCGACGUCCGGCCGAAAGCCAGACGGCAGCGAAAUUUGGCAGCGGUUACCGAGGCUCGUCGAAUGCACUUUCGAGUUACUCGGGUCGACCCGGUUGUACCAGACCCAACGGACCACGAGCUUUCAAGCCCAUUCAUGCACCCCUCGUCAUCCCGCUGAGGGACGAGUUCGAGCAUAAAACUUACUUUCCAAACCGUCAAAUCUGGGGCCCGGAAUAUAGCUGGGAAGUGAUUUACGACCCGUUUGACGAGUACUUCGUCAACGAUAUUCCCUUCUUCGAUUCUCAUCAGAUCAUUACGAAUUACGAGGGAUUUUUGAACGAUUAUCACGAUCGAUCCUUUCGUCGUUCGUCCGGAAUUAGGACGGUUAAAAGAGCAGCUUCUACUUCCGGUUCUAAACCCGUUUCGCAUUAUCCGGAAACGGAAUCGUCCGGAUACACAGGCCUGGUGAGAAUACCGAAGACGAAAUUUAAAUGCGGAGAAAAACGGGGAAUGUUUCCCGACCCUGACACAAAGUGUCAAGUAUUUCAUUUGUGUCGCGAGAAUGGGAUCAGCUCAUUUCUCUGCGCAGCCGGAACAGCGUUCAGCGAGACUAAACAGAGGUGCGAAUGGUGGGAUACCGUGACUUGCGGUUCCGGAACGACUGAUACACGACGAAGUUGAAACUCUGAAUAAACAAACUUGGAAUUAUUUUUUGUACUAAUGAAACUAUUGAAAAAUUGCCCCGUCUCUACAGAAGCGUAGAAUUUUUUUUACUUAUUUUUUAAAAAAUUUUUUUAUCAUUGACUUGAGAUUUUUACUGUAAAUAAAUAGGGUCUAAGUAUAUAUAACCUGAAGCCAUACAUUCAUAAUUAUGUAAUUUUAAUUCGAUAUCUUUGUAAUAUGAAUAUUUUUGUACAC